UCGCGCUCCAACAGUUCGCGUUACUCGUUGCGCACCGUAGUGUCCGUCCGUCUCUCUCGCGUGGAACGCGAUUCAUCGUGACAAGAGAGGGAGCGAGAAAGAGAGAGAGAGAGAGAGAGAGACUCUCCGAAGAUCCUCCGUGACGACGUGACAUCGCUCGCGGAUUCCCAGAGAUCCUCGUGACCGAGAGGACCAUAUCCAGGUGGACGUAGGGAACGCCGAGGGAGCGCGCGUCAACGCGUAGGUGGCGAAGGUGAAGGAACGUCAUCGCGUCGUCGCCGUUCAUUGCAGACUUUGAAACCCGCGGGACGACAUGACGCAACGCGGCCGGCAGCCGUGAAUCGAUUGAACACCGAAAAGCGGGAAGAAGCGAGAGCCGGCCUCAGUUGCGGUCGAAGUCGACCGGCGAUCGAUGAGAAUCCGCGCUUGGCAACGCUGAAGGAUCCGAACGUGUGUGAAAAUCCCACUUCUUUUCCACCUUUCUUCAUUUUCGACGGCAUCCCGCGUCCCAUUCACGCGCCGAUAACACACGGCGAAAAUGGCUCUCUUCCGGAAGUUCAACGAGAAGAUUCCUCGGAGAGGCAUCCUGGGGGCGAUGAUGUUCCUGGCUUGCAUGUUCUCCUACGUCAUUCGUACCAAUUUAUCCAUAACUAUUGUCGCCAUGGUAAACACUACAAGCAAAGACGGUGGCGUUGGGCCAGCGUGCGCUGCGGAUAUGAAAAGCAAUAAAACCGUCGUACUCAAAGAUUUUGGGGAGCGUUAUGAAUGGAAUCAACAUAUUCAAGGGCUAUUACUAUCAGGGUACUUUUACGGUGUUCUACCAGCUAGCGUACCAGCUGGACUCUUAGCUGAGAAGUACGGAGGCUCUAAAGUAGUAGCAUUCGCCACUUUAAUACCCGCAGUAUUAAAUCUUUUGAUGCCUUGGGCUGCUAGCGUCCAUUAUGGUUUUGUCUUCGCACUUCGUUUUGUAAUGGGAUUUUUCGGAGGCGCUGUUUAUCCCGCUCUCCACGCGAUGAUUGCCAGAUGGGUGCCUCCUGGUGAGAAAGGCAUGUUUGUGUGGACUAUGCAAGGUGGUCCAUUUGGAACUGUAGUAACAUUUGCUUUAUGUGGUGCGGUAAUCAGUGCUUACGGGUGGAACGCUGCAUUUUACGUUACAAGCGGAAUUAUGUUAGUUUUUUAUGCUUUGUGGGUAUUUCUAAUAUAUGAUACACCGGAUUUGCAUCCUAAUAUCACGGAAAAGGAAAAAGCAUAUAUAAAGGAGCAAAUAGGUACUACUGUCUCGAAACAAAAGGUUCAGCUACCAGUAAAAGCGGUCGCUACAUCUUUACCAUUCCUAGUACUAUUAUGGGCUCACUUUGCAAACAUGUGGGGUAUUUAUUUCAUCUCUACAAACGGACCCAAGUAUACGUUGGAAGUCCUUGGUUUCAAUAUGAAAUCGGGUGGCGCAAUAACUGGUUUACCUUACAUAGCUAGACUCGGUGCUGGAGUGUUAUUUGCAGCAGCGGGCGAUUAUGUACGAAGGAAGAAUUUCUUAACCUUAAGCUUGAUGAGGAAGAUAUUUAUGCUGUUCUCUCACUUGGGACCUGCAGCUUGUCUGGUAGUAAUGACAUACGUGGGUUGUGAUGCCACAACUGCGAUAAUAAUGUUAAUAUUGGCGUUAGCCUUUAAUGGAGCCGCCUGUCAGACCAGCUUACAGAAUCAUCAAGAUCUGGCUCCGAAUUAUGCUGGUUCUUUAUAUGGAAUUAUGAAUACAUUUGGCAGUUUCCCCGGAUUUAUCAUUCCACCCAUUAUUGGCGCUUUAACCAAUGAAAGGAACGGUGUAGAAGAAUGGCGUAUAAUGUUUUGGAUAUCGGCAGUAGUGUUUAUAUCGGCAACGGUUCUCUUUUGGUUAUUUGGAUCUGCUGAAAUUCAGCCGUGGAACGAUACGACUCAUAGUAAAGUGCCUACUGUUUCCGACGAGGAGAAGCAGAUAAACGAAACGACAAGAGAUGGGGCUGAUACAGAAGCUGAGGAAAAUGAACGGCUCUAAUGAGUUAGAAAAUGAAAUAAAAUAAAGAAAAAAAUCCAUGUCUGUACAAAAAUUAAUUAGUUCAAUGUCGGGAAGAGAGUGCAUCUGAAAUUGCAAAAACCUCUAUUAGAAUGUCAUACAUUAUACAGACUAAUGUUUGUACAGCUUUUAAUUGUUAAUGCGUAGAAACGGUAAUCAUUAGAUUAUAAGUAACGGGAGAAUGGAAAUAAUGUACAGAAUAUUCGACAUAGAAUAUUAAAUAUUAUAAUACAUUCGGAAUAUUCAUGCUCCAGUUACAGAUACACGUUGCUAGAAUAUCAUGGUAUCUUUUGUCUUGAUCCGAUUUUUAAACGCAAAGUUUUUUCACUUUCUUUUUUUACUAUUACUAUAAUAUAAGACUGUGGGAUUUAAAACUUAGGUUUUAUAUACUUUUCAUAACUUUCAAGCGCCUGUGUCGUCUCGAAUGCUUAAGUAUUUAUACGUAUCUGAUAUUACGCUAUGGUCAUUUGUAUAUUUGAAAGUGUCACGGUCGUGAUCAUCGAAUAUCCACGAGGGAUUGUAGACGUGGUAUUCAAACAAUGUAAUGUAUCGAAAUGUAAGAAUACUCUGUAGUGCAUUUUUUAUUUCGUGCCAAAGUACACGUAUGUUGCUCUCAUUGAACACUCGACGAAAUUGUCGAUAUAUCUAAUACUAGGUUGAGGAACCUUGGCACUGUCUUCGGACCAAUAAUUGGUCGAGGUUACUCGAUAUUAUAAAUACGUUACACUAGGUACAUUAGAUCAAUAUAUAUGUUUCUUGUUAUACGUUAAAUUCUUUGCAAGACGAUUUCGUAACUGUGAUAAAUAUUGGCAAUUUAAUUUACGCACAACAGUUUUAUCACCGUUUAAAUGGUCUCGAUUUUUUGAGACUACGGGUCAUGUACUGCUUCAAAGAACACAUAAAUACGAAAUUCAUUGAAUAUGCGAAAUCGCUCUUUACGUAAUAAUUACUUGAACUCUAUUGGUUAUGUAUAACAAGAAAUCUUUAUAUAUUCUUCCCGUCGUUUACGAGCGCUCAAAUGUGUACAAAUGUGUAGUUGUAGUAAUAAAAGCAACUCAUAUUCUAGUUUUCAUUUAUAAAAUGUGUUUAUGAAAGAAAACAGAGAGAGAGAGAGGAGGGAGGGGGAAGGCAGGGGAGCGACAAUGUCACGAUAGAAUUCCUUGUAUCCAGAGAAAGACAUUGCGCUCGUGAAUAAGCGGAGAAGAAAUGCAUCACGUUUGUAGAUCGUGAGAAGUGUUACUCGUACAUUAGAAAUUGUACGUUAAAAAUUGUAAACGUUCAAAACCAUAGGGAAAUAAGAAAUACUAAAUGUGUUGUUCCUACAUUUAAAAAACAAUUAUUUUUUAAAUUGAACCAUUUCGAUGCGAAUAUUUAUUGUGCUGUCAAUUUAACGUUACUACGAAUUAAGUUAAAAUCUGUGUGAAGCAAGUAUUUAGCAAUAAUAUUUGUUGCGUAAGUCAAUUGUAAAAAAUGAUAUAUAAAGAUUGCAACUCGCGCUGUUUUAAAACAAGUAAAUCCUAACGCACGUAACAAAUGUGCAUUAUAUUAUUAUUGAUUGUUAAGUUGUAUACAGAGAUACAUACUUUUUAUUUAUACAUUAUAUAAUACAUCUUCUCAAAAUCAUUACGUUUUUUAUGUUUUCUUCUUUAUAUGUUUUUAUAAUUAAUAAAUGACAGCAUUUGUGAAUUGUAAUUUCACAUAGUAAAUUGUAGCAGAUUUACACAUGUAAGAAAUAAUAGAAUAUAUUUUGUGCGAUUUUAUUUCAUAUGUAAUAAAGAAAAUCAUGUAUCUACAA